AUGGGUACUGCUUCAUCAACUCCAGAACCACUACCACAGACAGACGGUCCGAAGGCACAAGAUGAGAAUAAAGAAAAACCAGCCAGCGAACCACCACUAGGGGAGGGUCAAAAGGAACCAGAUGCGAAAGCAGGGAAGCCAGCUGGUGAGCCGAUAACGAACGAACAGCGCAUCUCUUCGUCGAUAGUACCUGCUGAAGAAGCCAUGCGAACGCAAGAAAUGGUAGACGAAAGUGAAACAACGAAGCAAGCGGAGAAUAAGCAAGGAAGCGGUCUUUCUAGAAUGGAAGAAAUGAAGAAAGCGCCCGAAACUCCACAAGAGGUUGCGAAAAAACCCAUCACCGAUAACAUCCAACUACCACUUCCUCCUGACCGGCAGCCAGUCACGCAAUCACCGCAGUCUGCUUCUGUGAAAACAGCACUUAUUGAUCAAGUCGAACCAUCUAGGGAAAGAAAGGAAACAACUAAUAUAAAAUCUUCUGUGAUCGAAGGCAAAAAUUUGCUUCCUGAAGAAAAGACUCAAGAAGUAUCCAAAGAACUUCAACCACCACCUCCAUCUCAAGGCUUACAAUCAACUUCAGCACCAUCGCUUGGUCCUGAGCUUAAAAAACCUGCUACAGAAAAAGUGGUAAUUCCUUCCGAGAGAAAGGAUAAGUCUGUUUUAAAGCCUCCUGAUAAGCAGCCAGCCAAAAAAGUCCCUCCUUCACAAGCAACUGGCUUGGCUGAGAAAACUGCUCCUAAAGCUCGCUCGGCUGAAAAAGUCUCGACAUCACGAUCACAAAUCCAAAAGCUAAAACCACCUGUAAAAGGAAAACCACGGUCAAAAGAAAGCACUCAGUCGAAGUCAUUGUCACAAGUUCUUCCUGUGAAAAAAUCUCCCAGCACAAAGGCAACAGGUCCUGCACCUAAGAAAGAAAAGUCGGCUAGUAAAGAACUUACAGUUCCAAAAAAAACCAGCACGAAAAGAGGAGUCGCGGAUUCGAAGACUAAGGACAAAAAUUCGGUAAUUAUUUUUUUUAAAAAAUUAGUGGUUGAAACUGCAAAAUGUGAGACUGACUUAUUGAUGAAUGCGUUUUAG